AUGGUGAUCAAAUCGACACCCCAGAUCCUCAAGCGAGUCAGCAUUCGCUGGCUCCCAGACGAUGCCUUUGAAGACACCGACACUAUCGCCCUCAACGUGGAUGGAUACUAUAUGGACCUUCGUGUGACACUAACCGACAAGACGCUGCAGUGGAGUCGAGCAGGUGAGCGCAAGACGCUCGCACGCGAUGGACUGACGUUUCGGUGGACUCGCAUCAUCGAUUCCAAGGGGAGUCGGCAAUCCGACGAAGCGUCGUUUGUCGACUUGAGCAACGGCGACAGCCUAGAGACGGGCAAGUUCGACAAGGAAGGCAAUGGGACUCUGACAGACUACGAAGAGGUGUGGCGGGAUGUUACAAAGGACACAGAAUCUGACGAAGAGGGAAGCGCAUGGAUAUUGCAAAGCACCGACGAAUCCAUGUUCCUGGGGAGAAUCGGCCAUAUGUUCUUGGGGAUGCAGGAAUCAGCGCAGGGGUGUUUUGCGGUCAGGAAAGAGGUUUGGUCCUCAAAGUCGGGCACGGGCAGUUGGCACACUGUCUUCGAGGCGGGUCCUGUACAGUCCAUUCCGAGAGCUGGGGAUGUACAACGCGAUCUUGAGAUUGGAGGAAGAGGAGGGAUGGCAGAGAAAAAGGGACAGACGGUUGUUAUUUGUGAUUGUGAAUGUAUUGUUCGAGGCACCAGUUGA